UUCAACUCGUUCAAUUUCUGGUCCCUCACCAUUGUGGACUUUCCGUCGGAGGAAGAGGAGGAAGACGACAGUGUCGAGGGCGACGUUUUUCCGCCGCGAAGUGAACCGAGCGCCAUCUUCAAGGACCUUGGUGUCCCCGUGUCCCUGCCGGAGCUCCCGGUGUCUCCUUCGGCCGCGGCUUCAGCCGAAGCGGCCCCGGUCGCGGCAGCCUGUGCAGCGUCGGCGGCCGUUGUCGCUCUCGAGGCGGCGGCCUCAGGUCGGCAGUCGGCCGCAGAAGAGGGGGACGAAGUGCACGAAGACGGAGAACGAGACGGAGCCGCGCUGACGAGCGGAGCGCAGGAAACAAUCGAGACGGCGGAACAGGUUUCCAUCGCCGCGGCCCUGGCUGCCGCAGUUGUGAAGCGCGAAGACGAACACCAGUUUACAUCUGAAGAAGACUCGGCGGGUUAUGAGACGCCGCAGUUGCUGUUUCCGCGAGGUGAGGUGGAGCAGCUGAGGCGAGAGAGGGACACGGCCCAGGUCGCGAACGACGCACGCGGGACGGACGUAAUGGAAACUGGAAGCGAAGGACCACAUGCCGAAGACAUGGCAGCAGCCUCAGGAUCUUCCGAGGGGGAACAAGGAACCGAGAACGACGGCGCCAGGGGAACUCCAUGCAUGGGGUCAGGACCGAGUCGAGAGACAGGGUCAAUACGGGAGAGAACCCGUUGGGGAGCUCCGGCAUCCGAAAUUCUGCUGAAGGAAAGCACGAGAGAAAGUGAUUCGGGAAGUAUCUCACGUGCCUCGUCCCGCCGCACGCUGCCUGGGAUCUGCGACUUGUGUGGCGCACGGCUUGGAACUCCCGGCUCUCGAAGGCAGUUAUCUGUUACGGAGCGGCGAAGCUCUCAAAAAGGCGGACAGGCAAUUGUCGAGCGGCGAUGCCAGUCAGAGACGAGCUCGAGGAAGUGGGACGAAGGACGCCCGCGGGAGCGGCUCUGCGAAGCGUGCGCAGGCCGGUGGCAAUGUGAGCAAGCUGGGGGGAUUUCGGUCGCAGAAAAGUGUCGCAGCCUUCAGGCCCCGCAAGAGCAACCCCAGCAGAAGGGAGGGGACGAACAAAACCAGGUGACGGAGCGAGGCCGGAUGUCUGUCGGCAGCGUGUGUCAGCAGGAAGAUGAAGACGGAGACCAUGAGCCCGAGACAGACGACAAAAGCAAGGGUCGUGGAAGGCCAGUCGGAGGGACGACACAGGCAGAUUCUUUGGGCGCUAAAGAGGGUGGCGUCGAGUACGACGGUGGAUCCAUGAGCUGCUCAGUCCCGAGAUCUGAAGACGAUGGAGGAGCGACACCGGAUACUGGACAGGCCUCUCAGCGGGUAUGGACAUACGUAUCACUAGAUAGUGAUGGAGACGUCCGGGAUUUCUCGGCACACAGUAAAGCGCCAGAAGAGCUUUUCUCGGCUGCUGCAGGCGACGAAGAGGUCCCUGCAGAGUCCAGAGCGUCAGCGACGUCAGACAAGCAUCAGCAAGCUCAGGCCCUUCUUACAGCCGCUGCUUUUGCAGUGGACGCGGUCAAUUCAGGUGACAUUUUCCUGCAUGCAAAGAGCGGAGCUCGAAAACUGCAAUGCGAAAAGAAUGGAGAGUCAGAGAGUGUCGCAGAGGCGUCUGCGAAUACGUCAGACGUGCCGCGUGAAGUGUGCCUUGCAGAGAAAGGCGAGGCCUCUGUGAACCGAGGAAAUCGAGACUCCGAGAACGCUUCAGCAGGGCGUGACUUAUUUUCCCGUUUCUGGGGACGGCACGCCGACAACCGCCCCAGUACGCCUUCUUCUUCACGGCCCGUGCGCCGGUCCGCGUCCUCCUUCUUUCUCCCGUGGUCACCUUCCAGGACAGCGUCUCCCCUAGUUGCCAGAUCUGCGGAUGCGGGAGAUGCGAUCGGCCCUCGGUCGGCGUCUUUUGUGUGCUCGCUUCCUCUGCUUCAGUCCUCCUCGUCGUACGACUCUGCUACAUCGUCUUUCUCCUCCAGCUCUGAGGAGAAGACCCAGUGCCCACCCCUGGCAAGUUCGGGUUCGGAUACGAGUCUCGCCCGACGUGCCGACUCUGAGCCUAGCAUUCAGAUCGCCUGGAGUGCAGGCGCUCGGGAAGGUGAGGGAGAUUCGAAAGGUGCCCACGAGAAUAAAACCCGAGAUGGUGCAUCUCUCUUGGGGCAACCCUUGUCCACCUCUGAAUGUGGCAACAUGCCUAGUGGUUCUCUAUCUCACGGCCAAGAAGUCGCUCCAGCAAAGCUAGGGUCCCUGGCUCUCGAUGGCAGUGAGGCGGACUCCUGUGUUGUACAAGUUCCUCAUGAAGGAGGUAGAUUUUCGGAAGGUGCAAGGCAGCACAUCAGCGGAUCAGACACGGAUGACAGUAGAGCGGCAGUCCGGGAGGAAGAACAGGGGCAGGAUGCGGAAGGUGAACAAGUUGUGCCUGGAACGUCCGUGACACACAGUCGAUCGUCAUCGAGGAGCAAAAGGCAGCUACGGAAGCAGGAGAGCUUCAGAAGUGUAGACGAAGUGGGGAACGACGAUAGGGACGGGAGUGAAAAAAAAUGCAGUAAUUUGUGA